AUGCUUGAAGUACUAUCAAGAUUACCGUUCAAAACCCUUCUACAAUUGAGGUGCGUAUCAAAAUCAUGGCGUGCCCUAAUCGACAGCCCAUAUUUCAUCAAAUCACAUCUAAAUCGAUACAUGGUGACCAACACCAACCUCAACCUGAUUUGGUGUCCAAAAAAAAUACCAACAGAAACAAAUCAUGAUUUAUUGGGGUUAAACUCCAUAGAAAUUGAUUCUCUAGAUCAUUCUGUAGACCUUGACAACCCCAUAAAGAGCGGGGAAAGUGGGGAAAGUAAAAUUCGACUAAUUCAAGGGUCUUGCAAUGGCUUGCUAUAUUUGACCUCCAAGUUCUCCAACUCAGAGGAACUCAUUGCCUUGUGGAACCCAUCGACCCGAAAGCACCAGAUGUUGAUGGUCGCAUCGAUUGAGCUCACAAGAGAACGUUCCACUUAUCGGGCUAUCGUGUUUGGGUUUGGGUAUGAUUGUGUCCAUGAUGAUUACAAGGUAGUGAGGAUGGUGGAGUUUUAUGGAAAAGAUAAUGAUUCAUUUGAAAUUCAAGAUUUUCCUUAUUAUCUAUGGUACCCUACAGAGAAAGGUGAGUUUGCUAGUGGGGCUUUGCACUGGGUUGUGCGUCCAAAACCGGAAUCCGAUAAGUCCAGGUUGAUUGCUGCUUUUGAUCUUGGGGAUAAGGAAUAUCGGUUGGUGCCACAGCUUGAUUAUUCCGUUGUAAAUUUGCAUAUGAAUGUAGUGGUUCUAGAAGGAUGUCUUUGUCUAGUUUGCAACUAUGUCAGUGUUCAUGUUGACAUAUGGGUGAUGAAGGAGUAUGGAGUUAAGGAGUCUUGGACUAAAUUAUUUUCUGUUGCGCAACCCACUACUAUUGAGAAGUUUGAUUGGGUGUGGCCUUUGGCUUAUUCACAUAGCCAUAAGAAAGUACUAAUGGAACAGGAUAAUAAAAGGCUUCUUUGGUAUGACCUAGAAAAGAAAACAGUCGAAUAUAUUGAGAUUCAUGAAGUAGAACCAUGGCUCAAGUUAAUACCGUUGCCUGCCGGACAUACGAGCGUAGAGUACGGCAAUGAGUAG